UAUCUCCCUUUAAAUGUGAAGGAUACUAAAAAUGAGCGAUCCAUUUUCGAGUUCCAAAUACAUUCCUAGGGCGAGUGGAGGUGACAGCCUGUUAAACAAAGAGGAAUUUCAGUCAAGUAAUCGACAGAAACCCAUGCCUCCUAAAAAUGCGACUCAGUUUCCCGAUGCAGUUGGCAAAGUUAUUGGUCAUGGCAGUGUGUGGCUUUUUGAAACAAUGUCCCACCCGUUCAUUGUGUUGCGGAGAUCAUGUCAGGUCAGCACAGGCAGUACCUAUCACUUAACACCGUUUACACUGCCGACUGUGGUCUACCAGAUGAGCAGAAAUAAGCCACCAGCGUGGGUGUACAAGGGGUUUAUUAGCUCCCUUCUUGCACGUGGCUUCAACAUGGUGGCAGAGAAUGUGCUCAACGAGAUGACCAACUGGCCACUAGCAGUUUCUGCAUACAGUUCCAUUAAAAAACAGUGCUUACACUUGUUGUUGAAAUGGAGUGGGUACCUGGUGUGUGCCCCAUUCUACAUCACAAGCUUUGUGGAGACUGUGCAGAGUUAUGGAGCCAACGACUCGCCAUCACUGUUUGAAUUUUUCACGGAGGGCAUCACUAGGCUAGUUGGCCGCACCUACCACCACACUUGGCUGGUGCCCAUGUGGCAGCUGCUGGUCCCCACGGCAACAUUCAGACUGUGUCACUACACCGUGCAGCAGGUUGUCUCUCAUCUUGUUGUGCGCUUUAUCACUGAGGAGAGGAACAGAGUUUUGAUUGGUACAGAUACUUCAGUGGACGGCAUCCAUCUGUCCCAGCGGGAUCAGGUGUACCCAUGUCUCCUAGCAACCUUUAUGAGCUCCCUUACGGCGGAAGUGGUCAUGAUGCCCUUUGAGACGGUGCUACACAGGCUGUAUGUUCAAGGCACAAGGGUGCUCACAGACAAUAUGGACCAAGGGACAGAGGUUUUAGGGGUGAACUUUAGAUAUAACGGAAUACUAGAUUGUUUCUGGCAGAUCCUCAGGGAUGAGGGAGCCAGUGCUUUCUACAAAGGAUUUGGGGCUGUGGUGUUGCAAUAUUUUUUCCACUUUGUUGGGCUCAGACUUCUGGUCGUUGUUUUAGAAAAUGUUUCUAGUACGGACAAUAAGCAAGGCCAAGUGAGGAAAAGACUUACCCAAGAUACGACAAAGCUAAAACCGUUGUAAUACUGGAGCCUACUAGAUCUGACAUUGAAUGUUAGUUCUUUUUGGGAAUAAAGAGUCAAAGAAUUUUCAUCGACAUGUCCCAUGUUUACAAAUAUGCCAUACUGGUAAAACUGUGUUCAAUGCAUGUGUGUAAAGUGUCAUACCAGAUUAGCCUGUGCAGUUUGCACAGGCUAAUCAGGGACAACACUUUGCUUUUAUGAUAUUUUUCAUUGCAAGGAAGUCUCUUCUUAGUUAAAAUCCAGUUACCGGUAAGAGGGAAAGUGUCCUCCCUGAUUAGCCUGUGUGGACUGCAAAGGUAAAUAUGGGAUGAUACUUAAAGUGCACUCAUUAAGCCCUGUUAUCCUAGAGCCCGGCUAAAAUGAUUAACAUUGGGUAUGAAGUAUUUUCAAGAACAUUCACCAGUAUCAGAAUAUCCUUUUAUUGAUGCAAAUUUUUGUAUAGAUAACAUGUAUGAAUUUGAGACACUGUUUGACUUUAUUGUUAUUCUGUGUUCAUGUAAACUGAUACGUAAAAUAUAGAAUGAGCACCAUUUGUUCCCUUAUGACACUGAUAAUGUUGCUUUAAGCAGAAAUUCAUGGUCAACCUGUUGUUUAAAAAUAUGUGAGUAACUGAUUGCAAAUGGAUUAGAAAAAACUUCUGGUAUGUAUCAAUUGUAAAUCUGAAGUAUUAUAAUAAAACUGAGAUAUUUAAUGUGUAGUGAUGUGGUUUGAACGGUAUGGCAGUGUUAGCUGUUGUACCUGUGCGUGUUCUAUUGUUACAUUAUGCAUAGCUCUGCAAUGUUGAAAUAAAGGUGCAGAAACAACUUUUGUAAUAAAGACCUUAUAAAGGUUCCUCUCCACGCAAAAUUUUAUUUAAAUUCAUCCAUUUUUAGCUCAAUUAUUCAUCAAAUGAAAAUUGUUCUGGUAAAACUGGAUUUAAUGUGGUCCAAGCGGGCUGAUCAGGGACGACAUUUUCGCAUUUUAAGGAAUGUUUUGUUUAAAGAAAGUUUGUUCAAAUGGAAAAUCCAGUCUAGGUGGAAACUGUCGGCCCUGAUUAGCCUGGGCGGACUGCUCAGGCUAAUCUGGGACGACACUGUAGGCGAAUGCAUUAAGCCCAGUUUUCUCUCAUGUCACUUAUUCUAUGCCAUCGAGACAUUGAUUAUUGCUGUAUGCACGUUUUAUCUUUAUUGUCAGCAAUUUUCCAACUGUAACUUUUUGCAUAAUAUUUAACAAAUAAUGUUACAUUUUAAUCUCAUAAAUAUGUAUCAAAAGCUAAAACAAUUUCUUCUUAUGUACCUUUUGUAAAUGUAUUAACUGCUAUAGUUUGGUUAUUAAUAUGAACAUCAUAAAAUGUACAUACGUAAGUUUUGAAGUGAAUUUUCCGCUGAUGUUUUUUGUUUCCAUGCAACAGUCAUACAGCCACAUAAUAUUAUGGUCUGUAUACAAUACAUGCUCUAUUUAACAAUAUCCAAGACAAAGAUGUUAGUAUGAAAUGCUCGUUGGUUGCUUUAUAAAUCCGAUGUUUGGUGCAUGUUGAUGUUUGGUGCAUGUUGUAUGACUACAGAAGAAGUACUUAUAUAAAUAUAUUUUAAGUUAUUUAUUAUAUUAUGUAGUGGAUUCAAAUGGAAUGAUUCCAACUGAAGUAUUUAUUUACCCUGUUAACGUGUUUGGGCCAUGCUCUGUGAAAAGGAGGUUUAAUGCAUAAGUGUAAAUUGUCGUCCCAGGUUAGGCUGUGCCGUCUGCACUGGCUAAUCGGGGAUGACACUGCCUUUAUGAUAUUUUUCAUUUAAAGAAAUUAUUUUUUGGCAAAAAUGCAGUAGGCAUGAAGUGUCGUCUCUGAUUAGCCUGUUCUGUCUGCACAGGCUAAUCUGGGACGACACUUUUCGCACAUGCAUUUACCCCCCUUUUCACAGAGCACGGCUCAUUUAUUGUUUGAUUAUUUCUUGUUAUGUCACCACAGCGUUGGAGGCAUUAAGCAUGACACUUUUCUGUCUGUACAUAAGUACAUCCCAAACCGUUCUGAAAUUUUCAUCAUCUAUUUGGUUCAUCUCUCUAAAACUUUAGCAGUUGAAUGACGUCAAUGAGUAGGUGAUUGUUAAUAAAGGAUUUUGGCUCAAAAAGUUUUGGCAGAAUAUACGAGCCGCGUUCUGAGAAAACUGAGCUUAAUACAUGUGCGUAAAGUGUCGUCACAGAUUAGCCUGUGCAGUCCACACAGGCUGAUCAGGGACACUUUCCGCUGGUAUGACAUUUUUUGUUUGAAUGAAGUCUCUUCUUAGCAAAAAUCCAAUUUAGGCGGAAAGUGUCAUCCCUCAUUAGCCUGUGCGGACUGCACAGGCUUAUCUAGGACGACACUUUACGCACAUGCAUUAUGCCCAGUUUUCUCAGAACGCGUCUCAUGUAGUCCCAAUAUUUUGUAUUCAACUCCUCUUUAAUGACGUUGAGGUGUAGAUGAUCAUAAAUGAUGGGAAUUAUUGGAAGUGUUAUUUCCAUUUGUCUAUUUUGCCAUAAAAGAAUAUAUAGGCCCAAAAUUGUGUGUGAAAUGAACUCCUAUUUAACGGAUGGGCGGUUUGCACUCAAACAUUCACAGUUGAAUGACCUGAAUGUGUAGAUGAUUGUUAGUUAUGUAAAUAAAUUUCCGAUACUCUUUGUAAUUGUGGUUUGUCAUGUAAUGUGAUAAUCAUUAAAUGAAAUGAAAUAUCA